CACUCCCAUGUACUAUACACCCGAUUCUUAAAAGUUUGUGGUUGUCGACUGGCUGCGCUGUGUCGUGCCUACGGGUAAGAAAAUAGUACUGUCCACUGUAGCCCGCCUCUACGCCUUCACCUGCACUGCUGCAACUGCACUCCACCACCACAGGAGCCAGACAGAUCCUCUGCCUUCCUCUUUACGGCCACAACAACAAACAAUACCGACGUCGUCUUUGAAAGGCACAUUCAUUCUUUUCUCUUGUUACGGGUACUCAGUUAUUGGUUCUUGCCCUUGUUCCAUUGUAUUUACCGGGCCGUCAGUUGAAGGGCCUUUUUCUCACGGAGCCCUCCAUCAGAUUGUUGUUUACUCUCGAUUUACGUUUCGUCCCACUCUUCGCCCACCAAAAAACUAUUCUGUCCGGACAUCAACAUCACUAAUGACUCCCCGCACAACGUCCGUUUCGUCCUCGGUGCCUCUCUCUUCUCUCGGUCGCUGUGCCUGUGGUGGUUGGGGAGUCUCACGAUGAAAUCAAUCCCAAGUCUUGUCGCUUCAAGUACAGUCGGGGUUGCUGUCACCGGCCUGGCCUUUGGUCAACCACAAACUCCCGGCACAUCUCGACCUUCUUCGAACAAAAGAAAGGCCACCGAAUAUGACGCUCAGCACAGAAGCUAUUCCUCUCCACCCGUACGCCCAGCAACAAGCUCCGUCAUAAACACGCCGCGUCGUGGUCAAUUGUCUGCUUCCUCCCCAAUCCAGCCGUCAUCAUACCCAAGCCACCGAUACAUCAACAACACAUUCACAUCAAACGACUCCCCCAUAAAUAAUACAAGGCGGAUAGGGUCGCUCAGUAGAUUGGGCGAGAGGACAUCAACCCCUGAGCAAGGAAGUGAGGACCGACUGGACUCGAUUUCGUCAAAGGGGUCUUGGAUGCGAAGGUUGUCUGUUAUACCAAAUUCACAGAAUGGAAGUCCUCGGUCAAGCAUAGGGCCCGAUUCUCCUUCGUUGUUCUCCCACGGGUCGACAGGCCCCAUUUUACACAAUGGAAGUAGUCCGUCCCAAUUAGAGCCUAACAAGUUAGUCAAACGCUCAACUUCUAUUCGAGCGCCGAGUGGAAAUACGCCUUCGAGGCCGUCAUCAAACCAACGCAUACCAACUCUACGCAGGCCGGCCACCAGCCACCAGCGUUCUGUCACUUUACAGCAACAAUACAGGGAGGAAGAGUCCGGACCAGAGGCCUCUCCACUCCAGGAAGAGUUUCCCGUUACCUUAAUACACGAGUUUGCGCCAACCCCACGCCGGGUAUCCUGGCGACCAUAUUUUACAUCUCGGCGAACAAGGCUAGCAAAAGAUCGCCCAUCCACAGCAAUAAACGACAAUAGCGCGGAUGGGUUCUAUUCUACCUUUAAGAGAGUAGUUACACCAGAUGGCUCGGCACUUCCAACUUUAAUGAAGCCAUCCCUAAUCGAGGAUCCUGCGAGAGCCAGCAAGAUCAGGAAUAGGGAUUCAGUCAUGAGUAUAGAUAGCGGUACGGGAUCGCCGCAUCCUGGAGAUGACUCUGGUAUCCAUUCCAGCGAUUAUGAGACUCAUAAGCGGCCACGCCAGUCAAUAUCGUUAAAUUUCGGUUCCCCUGCAACAUGGAUCACCAAAUCGAAUAGCGUCCGGUUGACAAAGAGCCGCGACCUAGGGCGAGGGGCUGCUAAGCGCAACAUUUCGGCCCCUUUAUCGACAGUACUUGAUCGCGCUACGUCGUCUCAGGGGCCUACUACCCACGAUACCUUCGACACUUCCCCUUACCAACAGGACAUAGACGUUUCGCCGAAGAAUUUUCAGGGGACCUUACCUCGCCCUCGUACCAGAAAUACCUCUUCUCCGUUGCCUACAAUCUCGCGACUAUCGAGCUUCAACUUAGACUUGAAUGGGCCAGACCCAACUCCUAAUUUAACCGCGCGACUUCGGACACCAACUUCGCCGGCUUCUUCAGAUGGCAUACGAACUACCUCCCGCCCCUCUUCGAGCGGCAAGUUUAAAGGCCUUUCCUCCCACCCGGUUGUUAUCCACCAACAAUACCCACCUCGACUUCCUGAGUUGAAUACCUCAGACCAAGCGUCGACGCUUGUCGGCUCCGAUUCAGAUGCUAAGGCUUUCGCAUCAGGCGAAGAUGACGAGACAGACUUCCAAAGCGACACAGCUUAUGAUUCCCUUAGGACAGGGGCAACUGCCAGUUUGAGGGCACGGAGCACCCCUCUAGACUCUAUGUUCGACGAAUCGCCACCUAGCAGUGGUGCGAGAUCCAAAGCAGCGGAGUUUAACGACCUGGGGGCAAUGUCGGGAUUCCGGAAUGUCGAUGACAGCAUCGUGGAGGAGGAUGAGGGUAUGUCCACGCCAAUUAGAAACAGGCGGCGGCUCAAUGGCGAUAUUUACAGCACGCCGAUAAGGCAGGACACCGACAUGGAUAUAGAUCCUAUGGUUCGCUCUUCGCCUCCAAGCUUCUGCUUGGCUACUACGGAAUUCGGUCGCAUGUCCCUAGGCGAUGAUGAUGAUGAUGAAGACUGGACGAGAGAUGACGACAGCGAUGCGCUCAGCAACCCUCUUUCCCCGCCGUCAAACUCACUUAACUCGUUAAGAGUUAGCCAUGCUCUACGCUCGGCUCUGAUGGACGUCACUGAAAGCGGUUCCUCCGCGCGCAAUGGUCGUCAACCUGAGAGCCGGCCUCGAAGUGUGUUUGAUUGGUCUGAGCCGCUGAUGCAAGAGAAGGUGGAUAAUAUGGGAAACUCACCAAGGCCGAAGACUGUGCAUGGUAAACAGGGUAACGAUCGCGGCGGAAGGGCCGUUGGACGGAAUCGUCCAAGCGCUUUGCAUAUUCGCAGUCAAAGCGUCCCAGUCGUGCCAGAUGUUGGUGGCAACCGCGAUACUAAGCUAGCACCGAAGUUCGGGACGUGGGGAUUAGGAGGCAAGGGUGUGAGUGAGGAUUGGGAUAACGAUUUUGAGUUUGACGUUAUGGAUAUUGAUGAGGGAGAUGACCUGCCAACUCUCGGGAGUGGCGCGCCUAUGCUAGUUCCUCCGGCAAUUCGUGCAAGUCAGGCGAAUGUCGUUGGGCAUGUUGGGCAGAUCCGCGAAGUAUGCCUGUUGGUUGAAGACCUCAAGCGACUAAGAGGGCUAGCCCGUGAGAAGGGCCUUCUGGAAGGGCCCUCUGCGGACAAGUGGAGGGAGGCAGAAGGUAUCAUAGCUCUGGCAAUCCCAGACGAAGAGGACGAGACGCUAUCGCCACCACAGUCUCCGCUGGCGGCUGUUAUUUCUCGUGAUGGAGGCCAGAAUCACGAGACAACGGUUCAUAUCGACUCUACUCGGGAUUCGGGAUUCCAAGACGAGGAGGAUGACAAGCCAAUUCGUUCCACGGCGGUGUACGGCAACACUCGCCCGAGACGUAAGUCGGUUUUCUCUCCUGAGGACGACAUCUUUGGGUCUUUUGAAGAAGCCCAGACUCCGAGAACAGUUCCUCGACGCCAAGCCAGCAAGGAUACUUCGGAAGUGGCACGCUCUGUCAUGCAAAACAUCCAUCAGCAUAGGGCCACUUCGGACCCGAUCUUCACAGCAGCCCCAAAUGGAACGCCAAGUAAGAUGCCAUUUGACACGACGAGUUUAAAGGAUCUUGUGCAACGAGCCAAUGCUUUGUCCCGUGCGCUGUCUGAGAUAAUCCGCAAGGCUGAUGGGACCACACAAAGCCCAUACCGCAGUCCUCAUCUCAACCAUGACUCGAGUCCGGCGUUUACAAGGGUCUUUACCGAUCCCCUUGCUAGCCCGCCUAAUAUCAACCGGUCACAGAGCAGCAAUGCGGUUUUGAAUACAACGAUUGACUCGUCUCCGACUCGCAAUCUUGGUCAACGCAUGCAGAUGAUGACUGUUGUUUAAGGCGGCUGUCUUCUCCUAUGGGGUGUUCGAGAUGUCGAGUAUAGUCGGCUACUUCCACCGUGGAUAUCGUGGUGCUUCUUCCUAGGGUUUAUUGACGGUUGACAUGCAACGUUACAGCUCGUGUGUCAGAACCGUUCCUGUCUUGGAAAAUAUUUCUUUUCAGGCUCCUUGUUAUUCUCGCAAGUCUGGACUAUGCGAUGGCUCUUUCUUUAAUGCGGUGGGGGAAAAGAGUUUUAGUUUGGGUCGGCGGCGGCGGCGGGCGGCAUGGGUUUUCCAACAUUGCGCAAGGCAAGCAUAUGCGAAAAUGACUCUUUUACGAGUGGUGGUGCAUUACUGGUAUUUUUUCCUUUACGGCACAAGUUUGUGUAAUGCAUACAAUGGGGGGUGGUUGGUUGGGUUGGUGUUUCGGCGGAGUUCUUUGUUUUGUUUUUUGCCUUCGCGUUUUUGUUCUCUGCAUUUCAACAACGACGUACAUUUUUAUGUUGUACGGCAAAAAGAAGGGCGAGGAUAAAGGGUUUCUUUCCCAAAAUGAUAUUUGAGGGCGGCAUGGGAUUGCCGGGGGCGACGGGGGUGGGAGAGCGGUACAUUGCGGGCAUGAUGCAUUGGUUCCUCAUGGUUUAUGGGGAAGGGGGUGACUUUAGAGCAAAAGGAUGGUUCACCUAGGUGUCAAAAUUAAUGAGCUUUUGAGUG